CCGGCCCGUGAGGGAAUGGAGGGCGGCGGCGGGGCCGCGGCAGCGCCCGGUGCGGAGCCGGGGCCGGAGCCGGAGCCGGGGGCCGGGCUGGCGCUGGGUCCGCCGGCGGACGCUCCACUCGGCUACCUGCACGUCGUGUGGCAGCGGGAGGAGCCCGCGGGCAAGAUCCCGGCCCGCCGCCUCCGCAGGGCCGCCCGCCUGCACCGCCGGCUGGGGCCUACGGGGAAGGAGAGCCACGCUCUGAAAAGGCUGCGUGAAGCUGCCAAUAGCAACGACCUGGACACAGUGCAGCAACUCUUGGAGGAUGGAGCUGACCCCUGUGCCGCAGACGACAAAGGCCGGACAGCCCUGCAUUUUGCCUCCUGCAAUGGCAACGAUCACAUCGUGCAACUACUUCUGGACCACGGGGCUGACCCAAACCAGAGAGAUGGGCUGGGAAACACCCCCUUACACCUGGCUGCCUGCACGAACCACGUUCCUGUCAUCACCACACUGCUGCGCGGAGGGGCCAGAGUUGAUGCCUUGGAUCGAGCUGGCAGAACGCCGCUGCACCUCGCUAAAUCAAAGCUAAACAUCCUGCAGGAAGGACUCUCCCACAGCCUGGAGGCCGUACGCCUCGAAGUGAAACAGAUUAUCCAGAUGUUGCGGGAAUACCUGGAACGUCUGGGGAGGCACGAGCAAAAGGAACAGCUGGAUGACCUCUGCUCCAGGUUGCAGAUGACUAGCACAAAGGAGGAGGUGGAUGAAGUUACAGACCUCCUGGCCAGCUUCACGUCACUCAGCCUGCAGAUGCAGAAGAUGGAGAAGAGGUAAAGGGCUUCCAAGUCAUCUUCCUGAUGCAGCAGGAGAAGCUUUACUGAGAAAAAUAGGAAGCUGAAGCUUGCUUCCCAGAUCGCUGAAUGAACAUUGCUGCCAGCGGCCGUUCCUGCCAGAUCUGCUCUCCAGUGGUGCUCAGACUGUCCCCGUGGGUGCUGCCACAGCUGCCUCAUGGGGAGGCAGCAGGCUUUGGACAACAGAGACGACAGAGUGCUGCAGCUAAGACUUUUGGAAAAAAAAAAAAAAGAGCUGCUUUUCUUUUUAUCAGAUGGGCUGAUACUGAAUAGGAUACCUGUUCCUGAGAUAAUUCUGCCUUCUCCUAAGCACUUCAUCUUGAUGUAGGUGGUGGCUGAUGCCACGUGCGGUCACCAGCCCUGACUGGUGCACUGAGCAGCUGGCCAACGUCACAGAAGUGCUUGGAACAGGCACCUUCAGCCACCUCCGCAGUACUCGGUUGCUCGGGGGAGAAAGCGGGUGCUUUGGACAACAGAAGGCUUUGUGCUGCGAGGAGAACACGCGCUGAAUUCUGCACGUUAGCAGCUGCACAAACACACCGCCCUGAGAAACGCCCACCCAGGCUUAAUCCCAGCCUUCCCCGGAGCCCGCGGUCAGAGGGCAGAGAAUCUGUCUGGUUACAAAUUGGAUACAAAGCUUUUAAUCACUAGACCAACAGCUUUCGCUGGCCUUGGUUUUUCAAAUCAAAGCUGCAAGUGAGGGCUUAAAUACUACAUGGAAAAACUUGCUAAAAAUACCCAGUUAGACAGCUAGCAGCUCAGAGCUGCCUGAUGUGGGUUUGGGGGGUGACUUACUCCUAGCGCAGAUUUAGGCAGACAUCUACAGCUUGCAGAAACACCCACUGUAACUGACUUCGGUGUUUCCUCUUACUGACCCUCUUGGACAAGAGGUCCAUUUGCAGUAGUAGGUGGUGUGUGUACUCAGCCGUAUUAUUGGGCUGGGAUGGAGGUGGAUUUACGGCUGCCUCAGCAGCACCAAACCCAGAGCUGACCCAUAACUGUCUUUCUUGCUUGCCAUGGAGAAGUGCUGCUCCAGGACCUUUGGUGCAGCCUGAGGAACGAGUGAUGACCUCUGCUGGGAGCCUGAAGUGAUGCAGUUAUGAAGAAUGCAGGGAAUUGCCCCUGCUAAUUUCUUGCUUCUGCACCGCUGUGGUUAGUAACAAAGAUGUAGAUGGCUUUGUUUGGGAGCAGGGAUCCAUAAAAUCCUGUCGGUAGGGUGCAAAUAGCAGCAAGGUGACAGUAACAUGCGCGGUAGCAAUCCGAGUUCCCACCUGUGUACCAGACGGUGUGCUGGUAGUGAUACCUAUCCCACAGCUUCCACCAGUUUGGAAGUGCCAUUCCUAGGAUUCAGCUUAACCAUGCAGCAGCCACAGUUUGGAGCAUUCUUCAGAGACCUUCAGGUCAGCACGUUCUCCAAUACCUGGCCUCUUGUACGGGAAAAGACUACGUGGACCUCCACAUUCAAAGCUGAGAUACCAGAAAUAGGCAUGGCUUUUAGAUGGAUUCACCCGUGGGGUGCUGCUGGAGACUGGGACUCACUGGCUUGUGGUUUGGCUGGAGCUGUCACUGUGAAUACUGAUACUUCAUUACGGUGUGCUGGAUGGGAAGGGUACCGAGGGAGUGGGAGACAAUCUGACCUUUUUUUUGUGUUUUGAAUUUCAAUAAAACCCUGUCAGCCUUUUCAGACUCA